ACGCAUGCGCAGGUACGGGAAAAAUAAAAGAUGGCGACGGAAGUGACACCCAAGAAACCCCCCGAUUGGAAAAAUUUGACAGACACUGUCCAAGACGCAGAAUCUUUGCGACAAGAAUCAAUCAAUGCUCACCAUGAUCACCUGAUUACGGAAAUCGAAACAUCUGAUGGUCCACUUGGCACGUCACUCAGGGCUGUCUAUGAGGGGGAUGAGCUGGAGAAAUUCAAGGAAAGUUUAUCUGAUCACAUCAAGAACCAUGACAAGGAAAUUGAGCGGAUGUGUAACUACCACUACCAGGGGUUCAUCGACUCCAUCCGCGAACUCCUGAAAGUCAGCUGUGAUGCUGCCCAGCUUAAGGAUGAAAUUUCUGAUGUCAAUAGUCAUCUUCAAGAUUCCUGUGAGCCAUUAUUAACUAAGGGGGAAGAACUUGUCAAAUGCAGGCGAGUCCAAAGAAACAUUGCAUCAGCUGUAGAGAAUCUAACACUGUGUUUACCAGUAUUAGAAAUGUAUGGAAAACUCCAAGAACAGAUGUCAUCAAAAAGAUAUUAUCCAGCACUUAAAACACUAGAGCAGUUAGAGCACACAUAUCUCCCCCGGGUGGAGACACACUGGUUCUCCCAAACUAUGAAGGAAGCCAUUCCAAAACUACGAGAACGAAUAAAAGAUGCCAGCAUGUCCGACCUGAAAGACUUCUUGGAAAGCAUUCGCAAUUUCUCUGCAAGAAUUGGAGAAAUUGCCAUGAAGCAUGCAGCAGAACAAAACAAUAUGGACCCAGCUGUUGCUCAGUCAAAUAAAAAGCUGAAAACCAAGAGGGCUCCAAAACCCCCCAAUCCUUUCACUGGGGAAAUAGAAAAGGAGGGAAAGGAAAAGUCAGUUAUUGCAGACAGUGCUGCAGAUGAUAUGGGGGAACUGAGUGCACAAGAUCUGAUAGACUUUUCUCCUGUCUACAGAUGUCUUCAUAUCUACACUGUAUUGGGAGAUAGAGAAAAGUUUGAAACAUACUACCGAAAACAAAGACGGAAACAAGCCCGCCUCUCUCUUCAACCGCCAUCCAAUAUGCAUGAAUCCAUUGAGAACUUCAAAAGAUAUUUCCAUGAUAUUGUUGGUUUUUUUGUGGUGGAGGAUCACAUUCUGAGUACUACUCAGGGACUAGUCAAUCGAGCCUACAUGGAUGAACUGUGGGAAAUGUCUGUUUCCAAACUGGCGGCCUCUCUCAGAACAAGUGCUGCAUUGUGUAAGGAGUCAGAGAUGAUGCUGGAUAUUAAGAAGCUGAUAGUGUUGUUCUGUCACACACUGAGGGGUUAUGGAUUCAGUGUGGGACAUCUGCUUGAGUUAUUGUUAGAAAUGAGGGAUCAGUACAGUGACAUACUGACCAGACAGUGGGUGGACAUCUUCAAUGAGAUCUUCAAUGAGGAUAACUACACACCCAUUUACGUCGAGUCCGUGGAGGAGUACACCGCCAUUGUGACCCAGUUUCCAUUCCAAGAUGAGGAGCUUGAGCAGGAAAAGGAUUACUAUCGGUCAAAGGAAACAUUCCCUAAGAGAUUUCCAUUUUCCCUUUUUGUGCCAAAUAUCUACACACAGGUCAAAGCCUAUAUCAAUGCUUGCCUCAAAUUUUCUGCUGAUCUACACUUAAGCCACACAGAGAUAGAUGAUAUGAUCCGUAAAUCAACAAAUCUGUUACUGACCAGGACACUGGGUAGUUGUUUGUCUUCACUAAUCAAGAGAAGAGAUUUGACUUUGUUACAGUUGAUACAGAUAGCUAUAAAUAUGAAUUACCUGGAGAAGUCCUGUAGUUACCUUGAAGAAUAUAUAUCUAGCAUCACUGGAGCUCAGAGUGAUAGCGUACAUAUGGCCAGACUUCAUGGGACGUCCAUGUUUAAGGAUUCCAGGAGUGAUGCAGAGGAACAUAUUUACAGCAAGCUUAAUACGAAGAUUAGUGAGUUUAUAGAGCUAGCUAACUAUGACUGGUCUUUGCCAGAGUCUAAGGGACACGCCAGUGGAUACAUCACAGAUCUUGUGGCAUUUCUCCAGAGUACCUUCAUGUCUUUCACUAAUCUCCCUGAGAAGGUUGCUAAAACUUCCUGCAUGUCUGCGUGUAAACAUGUGGCAACUUCCCUGAUGAACUUCCUGAUGGAUAAUAAUGUCAGACAGGUUUCCAUGGGGGCGCUGCAACAGUUCAACCUUGACCUGAUCCAGUGUGAACAAUUUGCUGCCACGGCUCCUGUUCCUGGUAUAAGGGAUGGCACUCUUCUGAUGGCUUUUGCUGAUAUAAGACAGCUCUUGGACCUUUUCCUCAACUGGGAUUGGUCAAUAUAUUUAGCAGACUAUGGUCAGCCAACGUCCAAGUAUAUCAGAGUCAAACCUAGUGAUGCCAUAAGCCUGUUAGAAAAAUUAAACAAUACAGACAAUAAAAAGAAGAACCUAUUUGCUGCUUUGAAAAAAGGUGAAAGAGACAAGAAAAAACUCAUUGACACUGUAUUGAAACAGCUCCGGGGAUUAGUGAACGGAACAGCGUCAAUCUGAUGGGCCAGAUAGGACAUCUGACUUUUAGAUACACAGCGACACCUCAGAGUUGGGAUGAUACCCUACACCACCAUCAGAGUUCUAUGAUCCUAGAACAUCACACAUCUCAAUCAGUGUCACACAUGCACACAUGGAAACAAUUUAUCUGUGAUCCCAAUCAAUUUUAUACACCAUUGAUGACAUUUUUUAUGUUUGCUUGCUGUUACUUUCUUCCUUUUUCGAAAAUAUCACACAUAAGAAAACAAAAUAUUUCAUGGAUGCAGGUACAGUACAUGUACUGUUAACAUUAGUGAAAUUUAGAUAUUUAUUUUUUUUGCCAUGCUGUUUAAUGUUUUAAAGUGCUAUUUUUUGUUUGUGUGUUUUAACCAUUGGAAUCUUCUCUUUCUAUAAUGAGAUGCAAAGUAGACACAGGUAAUAAAUUGUAAUGAACAUGAAAUGGCUUUUAUGUAAAUUAUUAAAUAUUCUUUGUGCCAGAGUGGAUUCGUAGGGCAUAUACAUUUUUAAACUGAGAUUAAAUACUUGUGCAUUACCGGUUAGUUAAUAUAUGGUAAAAAAAACUUAGUAAAUCAAUGUCAUUAAAGAGAUUUUAUUAUUUCAACUGAAGGUGUAUGGGGGGGGGGGUAUAAAUUUGACAAAUUCUAUAGCAAGUUGUUGUAUUGUAUCAACUAGAGAUUAUGACAGCCUUUAUGUACAGUUAAAGUUCCACACACAAAAUCUAGAUGACAUUCUAUAAUGAUUCUGCUUCUUGCAUGAUUAUUUUUUACUGUUGCUUAGAAUCCAUGCACAUGUGCCACAGGAAAAGUUGGUUGUAAAUUGCAUCUCUACUCACACAAUCAUAGAAUUAGGGAUCUGAUUUUCAUAUUAGUAGAUAAGCAUUGUUUUGUUGAUCAUUUUGCUGUCAUACUUUACCAUGUGAGUGUUAGAGACACAAUACUUAUGAGUGUCUUUGAUAUUGCAUAUGAUUGUCCCUCCUAAUGUUGACACGAUGCAGUAAACCCAGUUAUCUCCCAUUAUUAUAUCAUAAAGAACACAAUUCCACAUUGGUGCUUUUCUAUUUAGAUUUUAUUUUAAAUUUUUGGUUUAUGUUAGAUUUGUUGGAUGUCACAAGUGUGUGCAAGAAUGUUUUCGCCUCAACAACUAUUUGUAUUCCUUUGUUAUCAGUA